AUGGAUCGAAAUCUAAUCGGCGGCACCGGCACCGGCACCCUGCCUGGCUGUCGACACUGUCGUGUCCGGUUGGUGGCGCCCCAGCGAAAAGCAAAAGAAAUACCGGAAGAAACUGCCUCGUGCCUGUGCCUCUUCCUCUCCUCGCUUCUUCUCCCUGUGGUGUGGAGGCCAGGCGGCGAGUGGUCCAGUCCACCUCCAGCUACAGAUCCCAGCUCGCGCGGUCCAGCUCUGAGUUCCCUCCUCUCCACGCCCGAUCGUGAAUCGUCGCUUGCUCUGGAGAAAGCUUCGCUGAAGUCAAGAAAGUUCGUUGCGAUCGCUGAUGCGGGGUUUGAGGAUGCUGCAGACGGCGCCAGCGAUUUUGGUGACACGAUGAGUCUUGUGCACAAGCAGAAGGUUGUCGAGGAAACCGUGGAGAUGGAGGAGGAGCAGGGGUUUCUUUGGAAAUCUAGCCUGCUCCCUUACAAGGACGUAGAUGAUUUCGUUCUUCCUGGGAGUAGUAAGCGGCACGCAUCAACAUCAGGAGAGAGAGAGACAACUCUGUCUGGCAAAAUGGACCCGAGGAUAGACAGGUCUGGAAGCAAUGGAACAAGCAAGGUCCCUAGACUGGGUUCCAUGCUUGAGACAGCCAGCAUGGCUGGAUUUGGCAAGGCAGUGGAGAUUCUAGACACAUUAGGCUGCUUGAUGACGACCUUGAGCUCAGAUGGUGGCUUUGUUUCCAGGUCCAAGACCAAAGGGUGCAAGAUAUCAAUUCUUGCUUUUGAGGUUGCCAACACAAUACUUAAAGGUGCUAGUAUUAUGCAAUCUCUCUCGGAAGACACUGUCACAUACUUCAAACAAGUUGUGCUUCCUUCCGAAGGUGUACAGAAUUUGGUGUCCAGUGAGAUGAGUGAAUUGAUGCGAAUUGCAGCUAAUGACAAAAGAGAGGAGCUGAGAAUAUUUUCUCAAGAGAUUGUUAGGUUCGGGAACCGCUGUAAAGAUCCCCAGUGGCAUAACCUGGAUCGCUACUUUGUGAAGUUAGAAUCAGAAAGUGCACCCCAGAAGCAGCUGAAAGAAACAGCAAUAGCAGAGAUGCAGGAGUUGAUGAGCCUUGUUCAACGUACAACUGAUUUGUAUCAUGAGCUGCAUGCAUUAGACAGAUUUGAGCACGAGUACCGCUCUAGGCUAAACGGAAAGGGUAAUACAGAUAGAUUUGAAAAAGGAGACAAUAUUCAAAUUGUGAGAUUGGAGUUGAAGACCCAAAGUAGUUAUGUGAAGAGCUUGAAGAAAAGAUCUCUCUGGUCCAAGACGUUGGAAGAAGUAGUCGAGAAGCUCGUAGACAUUGUGCACUACUUACAUGUUGAGAUCAACAAUGCUUUCGGAUCUUCUGGUACUUCCACAGCCCAAUUUCUCAUGUUGAAUCAGUCAAGCUUAUUUCCAGCUGAUCCUCUUAAUGCAUUUGUAGAUGGAGGGUAUGUGCCAGCAAAUUCAAGAGAUGCCCUCUACCAGGGAUUGCCACCAAGGAUCAAGUCAGCGCUACCAAAUAAAUUGAGAACGACCUCAGUGCCUCAGGAGCUCACUAUUGAUCAAAUAUGGGCUAGGAUGGAGAAAACUCUGAAAUGGCUUGUGCCCAUGGCCAUCAAUACCACCUGUGCUCGAGGUUUCUUGAGGUUUAGCGAAUGGGCGAAAUCAGGGACUGAGAGGGUUGGUAAGCGACCAGGUCAAGCAGAUCCGAUUGAGACGCUAUACCAUGCUGACAAGGCAAGGACUGAGGACUGCAUUCUGGAGUUGGUUGUCUGGCUUCAUCACCUCGUCAGCCAGAGUAACCUUGUGAAAAUCACAGUUGGUGACCAUAUGGAUGAGCUAUUUGCAAGGACAUAA